AUGGGUCCUCAGAUGAAGAUGUUCGCGGGGCCCCUAUCGGCCUGCACUCGGCCAAGCUGCUUCUCGGGUCCGCUAGCUGCCUUUUCCCUGGCGCGGUCCUUCUCAACCACCUCGCCUGCCUUCAAUUGGCUCACACCCAAGUUCGCCGAAAAGUCCAAAUCGCCCAAGGGCCGACCCCAUGUCGCUACCGGUGGAUCGACCCGCGGAACAACGGUCGUGUGGGGAGACUACGGCAUUCGGAUGAAGGAUCACGACCGCCGCAUGCCCUCUUCCGCCUUGAAGAUUGCAGAGGAGACUAUCAAGCGACGACUCAGAGGAAUGAAUUACAAGCUCUACAAGCGUGUCAGCGCCAACAUCGGUGUGUACACCAAGGGUAACGAGCAGCGUAUGGGUAAGGGUAAGGGUAAAUUCGACUACUGGACUGUUCGAUUGCCCGUGAGCCGAGUUGUCUUCGAGUUGAAGGGAGAUAUCCACGAGAAGGUCGCCCGCGAGGCCUUCCGUCUGGCUGGUCACAAACUACCCGGCCUUUGGGAAUUUGUCAAGAAGGAUGAUCCUCCCGUCGUUGGAAUCACAAAGCUCGGCAACGGCGUCACUCUCGACUCCCUCAAGCGUGCCCGCCGAGACCCUCCCCUCGGAACCAACGACCUCCCCAACCCACCGCAAAGCACUUCCUCCGACCCUUCUUCCCCCUCUCAAUAA